AUGCCCUUUUCGCCUUGCGAUCCCCUAGCCAAUCACGCCAAAAGGCUUUGUCCAAAACUAGGUCACGAAACGCAAGAAAAUUGGGGUGUUGUUCAUGACUUAAAUCUGCCCGCAUGGAUUGAAAUGGAAAUCACGCAGCUAAAUUGUGCCAAAUACACACCAUCUAUCAAGUACCCCGAUCGAUGCGGAUGCGGUCGAUUCUUGGAGGAACACGACAUCGAAGUGAUUCAGGAGGUCCAAAUGAAUUCAACGAUUCCACUUGGCCCAGCUGAGCCGGAACGAUGGCAAGUGAAGACCCACACUCGGGCAGUACCCACGACGGCUUUCGGAACCGUCGAAUUUCAAGGUGGUCCACAUCCUACCAAAGCGAGAAAGGUGGGAUUAUAUCCCCAAUCAUUAUGCUCGAUUCACGGUUAUGAAGAACUUGGACUCAAAGACUUUGAGCUUCAGAUGGUACAAUCUCCCAACGUAGAGAAA